AAAAUCAAAUCAUUCUGAGUUUUCUGGGCACACAUUGUGAAACCUCAGGUUAAAAAGCCUAUUGAAAACUCUUGGACAAGUCUCUCUCUCUAAAUAUCUACCUGUCUCAGUCUCUCUCUCACUGUAUCUUUCUUUAGGGCUAGCUUGCACUCAGUGAGUAUAUCUAUCUUUCUCUAGUUUUACACAUAUUUGGUUAUAGUUUUGGUCCUGACAUAGAAAAGGAGCAUAGGCGAGCUCCAAAGAUAGAAGAUACAAGAAAAGCAAAGAAAAUAUUGAGGAGAUCAAAAGCUUUGGUAAUUGGGUAGGCAGAGGAAAUUGGUGUAUUAAUUUGAGGGAAAAAAAGGGAAAGAAAAAUUAAAGGGUGUGUGUUGGGAUUAGACUAGUUUUACAAUUAAGGAAAUGGGGAGGGGAAGAGUGGAGCUGAAGAGAAUAGAGAACAAGAUAAACAGGCAAGUCACAUUUGCAAAGAGAAGAAAUGGGCUCUUAAAGAAAGCUUAUGAGCUCUCUAUUCUCUGUGACGCUGAGGUUGCUCUCAUCAUAUUCUCUAACCGUGGGAAGCUCUAUGAGUUCUGCAGCAGCUCCAGCAUGCUCAAAACCCUUGAAAGGUACCAAAAAUGUAGCUACGGUGCAAUGGAAGUCCAAAAACCUGCCAAGGAACUUGAGGAGAGCAGCUAUCGUGAAUACUUGAAGCUGAAAACUAGAUGCGAGUCUCUUCAACAAACUCAGAGAAACCUUCUUGGAGAAGACUUAGGGCCAUUAAACACGAAGGAGCUUGAGCAGCUUGAGCGUCAGCUAGAGUCCUCCUUGAAGCAUGUUAGGUCUACUAAGACCCAGCAUAUGAUUGAUCUGCUUUCUGACCUUCAGAGCAAGGAACAUAUGCUAAUUGAAGCCAACAGAGAUUUGAAAACGAAGUUGGAUGAAAUUGAUUCAAGAACUCAACUUAGACAAACUUGGGAACAUGGUCAUGAUCACCAGACUAUGCUAUAUGGAACUCAACAUGCUCAGACACAGGGACUUAUGUUCCAGCCUUUAGAUUGCAAUCCCACCUUGCAAAUAGGGUACAAUGCUGUGGUGUCACAGGAAAUGCCUGCAGCCACACCAGCCCAUGCUCAACCCGUCAAUGGUUUCAUUCCUGGUUGGAUGCUCUGAUAAUUAAGAUAGCAUGCAGCAGCAGCCUAGCAGAUGCUCUUAUAUAUGACCUAAAUAUCAGUGAUCAUCAAUGUUAAAAAAUCUAGCAUCAUCAUAAUAAGUCUCUUCACUGAGCUUGUUCACAAGGGCUUUGCCUUGAAAUACCUUUGUCCUUUUAAUUCGUCACUUCUAUAUGCAAAUGCAUUCAUGACUGUGAUUGCAUUUUUUGUAUAAAUCUUAUUUCAAUAUGCUUAUCAGUAUCCUCAAUUCUUCAUAUCCUUAAUGGCCAAAAAGACUGGUUUACUAAGGAUGCUUUUUGAAAUGACUAAGGAUCCUUUUAGGUGUUAAAUUUUGAAAACUGCAUAUAUAUGAUCAUCAAUUUUAUUUCA